AGUUCGUGUUUUGUUGUUAUAACGUUACUAGCAGUGAACAAAGAAAUCCCUCAUGUUUUCAUAGAGCUGCUCAGUUUAUUAUCCCACAGCCAAGAACAGAAUUAGCAUUUUAGAGCAAAAUGGCUUCCCCUCGACAUUUCUUUUGGGGUUUUUAAUAAGAAGAAUGGCGGUUUAAUUUAAAAAUAUUCUAAAUAAGAUUUAAUAACAUAAAUUACCCACAGUCAUACCUUUUAGAAGUGAAAUUUGAAUCUUUUUGUUGUUUUUUAAACGUAGCCUAGCUAUCGCAAUUUGUUAGCACUUUGUUUUAAAACAAAGCAGCUUCAAAAUUCACAUUUACCGUUUAAUUUUGCUGUAGAAUUAACAAAACGUCUCUUCGAGUAGUUAAUUUUAACAUGGACCAUAUUCAUAACGACCAUUCUAAAAGCCUAUAGAAAAAAAUUAACCUUUUGAGUUGUGUUAACCAAGUUGACAUCAUCCCUUAUGAAAAUUAACCAUGUUUUUUUGUUUAACCAUGGUUUUAAUAGUAAAACCAUAGUAAUUACAAAAUGAACCAUGGUUUUACAUAGUAACCAUAGUUAAACUAUGUUUUUUGUAGUAAAACAAUUAACAUGCACUAACUUAGCCGGUUGCUUUCAGUAAUUCCAAGAUGGCGCGGCUGAUGUUUAGAAGGCAGGAAUGCAUUAUUGACGUAACAUAUUGAGUGUUUCUAUUCAAAUGUUCCUCGAAUGAAACAUCAACUUUUUAAUAUUAAAACGAUCAUGUUUCUCCAACAACACAUUUCUUUUUAUAUACUAGCAGUGAACAAAGAAAUCCCUCAUGUUUUUAUAGAGCUGCUCACUUUAUUAUCCCACAACCAAGAACAGAAAUAGCAUUUUAGAGCAAUGGCUUCCCCUCGACAUUUCUUUUGGGGUUUUUAAUAAGAAGAAUGGCAGUUUUGAUUUAAAAACAUUCUAAAUAAGAUUUAAUAACAUAAAUUAGCCACAAUCAUACCUUUUAGAAGUGAAAUUUGAAUCUUUUGUUGUUUUUUUAAACGUAGCCUAGCUAUAGCAAUAGAACAGAAUUAGCAUUUUAGAGCAAUGGCUUCCCCUCGACAUUUCUUUUGGGGUUUUUAAUAAGAAGAAUGUCAGUUUUGAUUUAAAAACAUUCUAAAUAAGAUUUAAUAACAUAAAUUACUCGCAGUCAUACCUUUUAGAAGUGAAAUUUGAAUCUUUAGUUGUUUUUUAAACAUAGCCUAGCUAUAACAAUUUGUUAGCACUUUAUGUAUUAAAACAAAGCAGCUUCAAAAUUCACAUUUACCGUUUAAUAUUGCUGUCAAAUUAACAAAACCUCUAUUCAAGUAGGCUAAUUUUAACAGACUAUUUAUAACCAUUCUAAAAGCCUAUAGAAAAAAAAUUAACCUUUUGAGUUAAGUUGAUCCCUUAUGAAAAUUAACCAUGUUUUUUUUUUUUUUUUUGUAGUAACCAUGGUUUAACCAUGGUUUUUAUAGUAAAACCAUAGUAACUACAAAAUGAAACAUGGUUUUACUAAAGUAACCAUAGUUAAACUAUGGUUUUUGUAGUAAAAGCAUAGUAACUACAUAAUGAACCAUGGUUAACUAUCGUAUUACUCCAGUAACCAUGGUGUAAUAUGGCCUUUGCAGUAAGAUCAUAGUAACCCAGCUAACAAUGUACCAUGGUAAGCCGAUAGUCCAGUGUUACUAGUGCUUACAGGACACCUUUAUUUUAUAAAUGUAUAUUUAUUUUAAUGUAUUUUUACGGUUAAAAGAAUCUGAAAACACUGAAUAAAAAAUAGUGAGGCUGCACACACAGCUCUUUUGCACUAGUUAAGUGGAUAAACUGCAACCUUUUUAGCCUGGGAGUUUAUUAAAUAAAAAGUAGGUCAUGUGCAAGUGCAGUGUGUCUUGUUUACAUGGCUAUAACAAUAGGUUGAUAUGUAAUAAGAAAGCACAAUUUAAAACACAUGACAUUUAAUCUAAUUUGAUCAACACUGUCCCUGACAACUUCAAGAUUCCAGGGCAAUGUUUCCCAAAGCAUCGUAAGCCUACACUUCUGGUCUUGGCAGCCACGAAACUGUGGGAGGAACUGAAGGAAAAUUGCCUCGCCAAAUACGGUGCAGUAACUGCGGUCACAGCUAUUAGUUUGAUUCUGCUGAGAAAAUGGAUUGCAGGUGGAGUGUGCCGCUGUCGCGUGAGACUGGAUGGGAAGACAGUCGUCAUUACUGGUGCCAACACUGGCAUUGGAAAAGAGACGGCACAUGACAUGGCCAUGAGAGGGGCUCGGGUUGUGAUGGCUUGUCGAGAUCUUUCAAAAGCAGAAAAGGCUGCUGCAGAGAUUCGCAGAUCUACAGGAAAUGGCAACAUAGUAGUUCGGCACUUAAACCUGGCAUCUCUGUUCUCCGUACGGCAGUUUGCACAUGAAUACACUGCCACUGAGAAUCGACUGGAUAUACUUAUUAACAAUGCUGGAGUGAUGAUGUGCCCUAAAAGCCUUACAGAGGAUGGCUAUGAAACCCAGUUUGCUGUCAAUCAUUUGGGCCAUUUCCUCCUGACUGUUCUGCUCCUGGACAUGCUGAAGAAGUCUAGUCCUAGUCGAGUUAUUAAUGUAUCCAGUAUUGCUCACAAAGGAGGUAAGAUCAACUUUGAUGACCUUAACUUCAAUAAAGCACCAUAUGAUUCCUUGGUCAGCUACAGGCAGAGCAAACUUGCCAACGUGCUGUUUACUCGCGAAUUAGCACGGAGGAUUAAAGGGUCUGGUGUAACGGUGUGCUCCCUUCACCCUGGAGUAAUCCGCACUGAACUGGGACGUUACGUGCAGACCCGCUACCCUCUGCUCAGUGCCCUGUUGUCUUUUCCUGCUCUCCUACUGAUGAAAACCCCCAAACAAGGUGCUCAGACGUCCAUCUUCUGUGCGGUUGCAGAGGGGUUGGAGUCUCACAGUGGCUGCUAUUUCAGUGAUUGUAAGCUGAAGGAACCAGCUCCUGAAGGUAAAGAUGAUCUUGCUGCUCUGCGAUUAUGGAAAAUAAGUGCAAAGCUUGUGGGCUAUGAAGAGGACUGACAACACUCACCAAACUCUGUUCAUAAUACCACAUGCCUAUACAGGAAUGCUUUGUAUGCAGCUAUCAACAUUCAGAUCAUCAUUUCCAUCAAGUUUUUUUUCUAAUGGAAAAUGUAUUUAAUUGAAUUGAUUAUUAGUGGUUUCUGUCUAAAUGGUAUUUUUGUCUGGAUCAGUAGUAAUCCCCAUGUUCCUUGUCUUGCACAUUAUAGUAUAAAUGUAAGAUAACUUCUUAAUAUCUCAUCAUUUGUCAUUUUAAAGCUGUUUUGAAGUAUUUAAUUUGAUGAUUAAUAAAGGUUUCAUUAAAUC